AUGACCCUUCCCCGUCUCCUCCGCGGCCGUUCUCCGCACCUCGGCCGCCCACCACCACCACCAUCACCCCCCACCAACCCCCCCGCCGCCGCUUCCGCCAUGACGUCCCCUCCAUCCCCCCCGCAAUCGCAGCGCGGCUCCAAGCGCCCACGUCCCCCCGCGGACGAAAAGGGGGACAAGCCCGACAAGGAGAAGGACCGGGCGUGCCGGUACGACUCGUCGCUCGGCCUUCUCACGACCAAGUUUGUCAACCUACUCAAGGCGUCGACGGACGGGGCGCUGGAUCUCAACCUAGCGGCGGAGAAGCUGCAGGUGCAGAAGCGGCGGAUAUACGACAUCACCAACGUGCUGGAGGGCAUCGGGAUCAUCGAGAAGAAGUCGAAGAACAACAUCAAGUGGCGGCACCAAGUGGAGACCGGGCGGUCCUGCGAGGCGGAGCUGGCCGAGCUCUCCGCAGAGCUGGAGUCGCUCAAGCGGGAGGACGACGCGAUGGACCAGGCGAUCGCGGUGUACCACGGCAAGCUGCGCGCGCUGGCGACGGGGGAGCAGUGCGCGGCGUUCGCGUACGUGACGCACAAGGACAUCAAGGCGAUCCCGGAGCUGCGCGGCGACACGCUGAUUGCGAUCAAGGCGCCACCGGGGACGGAGCUGGAGGUGCCGGACCCGGACGAGGGCAUGCCGUACGGCGAGCGCAGGUACCAGAUCUUCCUCAAGAGCACGGGCGGGCCGAUCGACUGCCUGCUCGUGAGCCAGGGCGGCGAGGAGGAGGAGGCCGAGGAGGAGGUGAUGCGCGGCGAGGAGGACGUGUCCGGCUGCUGGAGGCUCUCGCCGCCCCCCAUGGAUAAGGAGUUCUACUUUGUCCUCGACGACGAGGAGAAGGGCAAGGGCAUUGCAGACCUCUACGAGGAGGUCAUGACCGCACCCGAGGCGGACGACAAAGUCGAGGUCGAGGUUCCGGGCGUGUGA